UUUUCCAAAUAUUACAAAUAUAUAUGCGUGUAUAUUGUGGCUGCGGGAUCAAAUUUAAUCGUAUUUCAAUCCUUCUCCUCUUAGGAUUCAACUCUACAGCUUUCUUAUUUAAUCCUAAUCUUCUGGGGAAAGUGCGAUUACUUGGCCUAUAAACUCUGAAUUUAUCUUAAAAGGUUUUUUUCUCCUACAAGGUUGUUAGAGACUUCAGAAGCUAUGGAGAGAAUGCUUUCUUCGAGGGACCAACAUAGUUUAGUCUCUUCUUUCCUUGACAUCGCUGUCGGGCAGACAGCUAAAACCGCUCGACAAGUCUUACAGGCAACGAGCUGGAAUAUUAAUGAAGCUGUUCAGCUUUUCUACGCUGGAGGCGAAGGUGGUAGUAUGCUUGCGUCUGGUACACACACUCAUCCCAUGGGUAGACGAUCUCGGAGGGCGGCUGCUCGCGCACGACGUGAAAGGAAGCGUAACGAUGCAGAUGGAGUCCGUGCUCCUUUGCCUGUUGUGACGGAGACUCUUUAUCGUGACUCUAUGUAUUAUGUGGGAAACUAUGAGCGUGAACUAGCUUCUUUGAUUGAUUUCAUUGACUUCAGCGAAGAGCCAAAACGCUCUGGAGUUUGGGAACCUGAUGAGGUUGGCUCCUCUGCCUCUACAUCAGGUCCUCGGAAUAGCUUGGCCUCGUUGUACCGUCCUCCUUUUCAUCUGAUGACUCAUGGCUCCUUUGAACAGGUAAAAAUUACAUCUACUGCUGAAGAUAAAUGGCUUCUCGUUAACCUUCAGUCCACCACUGAGUUCAGCUCUCAUAUGCUAAAUAGAGAUACUUGGGCAAAUGAAGCUGUUUCUCAGACGAUCAAAGCCAACUUCAUCUUCUGGCAAGCCUAUGAUGAUACCACGGAAGGAAGGAAGGUGUGUACAUACUACAAGCUAGAAUCCAUUCCUGUGAUUCUUGUAAUCGAUCCCACAACUGGUCAGAAGAUGAGAAUGUGGUCUGGAAUGGUCGAACCAGAGACUUUGCUAGAGUCUUUAGUGCCGUUCUUGGACGGUGGUCCUGGUACACACUUUGCUUCUCUCUCAAAGAAACAUCCAAGAGGUAGCUUCUCAUUGGCUCCUCAUUCCAAACCCAAAGAAGAAGAGCUGCAACGAGCAUUGGCUGCUACCUUGGAAAACAACGGCAUGAAAGAGUCUUCUUCUGAUGAUACAUCACCAAUAACAACGCCUGAAGAAGCAGCUGUUGAAGCAACGGUGCUGCCUACGUACCCACCUCUUCCUGAAGAACCAAAGGGAGGUGACCGGAGUGUUCAAUGCAGAGUUGGGAUACGUUUACCAAAUGGACAAAGGCUCCAGAGGAACUUCCUCAAAACUGAUUCAAUUCAGCUUCUCUGGUCUUUCUGCUACUCUCAGCUUGAGGAAUCAGAGGGGGAGAAGCCACUGAAGCUAACACAGGCGAUUCCAGGUGAAUCAAAGACGUUGGAGUAUGAAUCUAACUUAACCUUGGAGCAAUCUGGUGUUGCCAAUUCCAUGAUCUCUGCUACAUGGGAGUGACAAAAUCAUUUAUGUAAAAAACCUAUCUUAAGGUUUAUCAGAUUAGUUAUUUUAGAAUGACCAUUUGAAGAAAGAACAAAUCUACGAGUUUUUUUUAUUUGCAAUGAAUGAAAUAUCAUCUACGA